AUGAGUAAUUCUGUAUUAAGAUCACCAUUAACCCAUUCAUUGAAUAUAGCCCUUAUCCAAUUGAAGGCAGGAGCUGACAAAGCAGCAAAUUUGUCAAAGGUAACCAAAUUUAUUGACUCAGCAGUUAAGACCAGUAAUGUUGGAAAAUUACAUUUAGUAGUCUUACCAGAAUGUUUUAACUCACCAUACGCUGUUGAUCAGUUUCGCAAUUAUGCUGAAUUGAUACCAUCCGGUGAAACCACUAAUUUAUUGUCGUCAUUGGCAAAGAAGCAUGGUAUUUUUAUUGUUGGAGGAUCUAUUCCAGAGUUGGAUCAAGAGAAUGAUAAGAUUUUUAAUACAUCAUUGACGUUUUCACCAGAGGGAAAAAUUAUUGCUAAGCACCGUAAAGUUCACUUAUUUGAUAUUGAUAUCCCUGGAGGAAUUACUUUUAAAGAACUGGUAACUUUAAGUGCUGGAGAUAAGGCCACAGUUUUCAAAUUAGGUGAAUUUGGAAACGUUGGUUUAGGAAUUUGCUAUGAUAUUAGAUUCCCCGAGUUAGCCAUGAUUGCAUCUCGUAAUCCUUAUAAUUCCUUUGCUAUGUUCUACCCAGGUGCAUUCAAUACAACCACAGGGCCUUUGCACUGGCAUUUAUUGGCAAAGGCUAGAGCAGUAGACAAUGAAAUGUUCACUAUUUUAUGUAGUCCUGCCAGAGAUGUUGGUGGCGGUGGAUAUCAAGCAUAUGGACAUUCAUUAGUGGUAGAUCCAUACGGUGCAAUUAUAGCUGAAGCAGGAGAAGAAGAAGAGAUUUUAUUCGCUACUUUAGAUAAAGAAUUGUUGCCUAAAGCUCGAGAAGGGAUACCGGUACAUUAUCAAAGAAAAUUUGACGUUUACGACGAUUUUGUUGGUAAUGGAGGUGUAAAAGUCAGUGAUUUAUAG